AAGAACUCCUUUGCCCAGACGCGACUCCAUACAAGCCCUGUAACGCACCCUCACACCUAGAAUCCUUCUAGACGCAACUCACAGACAUGAAGCUCGUUACUCCUGAAGAACAAGCAGCGCACCAGAGAGCUACUAUCACCGGAGGUGUCAAGGGCUUUGCGCUGGGUUCAGCAGCCGCCCUCCCAGGAUCUUACUUCCUAAACAAAAGAUGGCCGUAUUAUCGCCAGCUACCUCUCUCUUUGAAGGCACUGGGCGUCAUCAUGGUCGUCGUUCCGUCCUUCGUCAUCUCGGCUGAACACGCGUCGCAACGGUUUGAGCGGGAGCAAUGGACAGGCAUUGGGAAGGAGGAGCUUGACCUCCAGCAGCAACGAGCCCUUGAGCGGUGGCAAUCGAUGACCACCGGGGAAAAGGCGAAAGACUGGGUUGGUCGCCAUCAGUACAGUUUUAUCGGCGGUGCGUGGGCAGCCAGCAUGGCAGGCGCGUUCGGUUACAUCAUGCGCGACCCGCACCAGUCGUUCUCCAUGAAAAUUGUGCAAGCACGGAUGUGGGCACAAGGCAUCACCAUCGGCGUGCUCCUUGCAGCCGGCGCCAUGACCCAAGCGAACAAGGUGAAGAACAACGACGAUUCUUCGAUUUACCGCCACGUCACGAACACCGACCAUUCAUGGCGCGAUAUCAUAGAGCAGGAAGAGAAGGACAGACUUGCUGCAGAGCAGCGCAUACACGCUCGCCCAGCUUCAGUAUAGAUCUCGCUCAGCAGGGACAUGAAGUAGCUUACGAACUCAUAAUUUAUCCAUCCGCAUCUUGUUGAUCAAGCUGCUCGAGAAGGGGCGGCAGAUCCGAAGCGAGAUUGUAGAUUGCAAAC